AUGUCAUCAUCAGCGUCUACGUCGUCGGACAGGCCUGACCUGCCUGCCGGCACACUCGUCAUGGAGAGGACCAACUUGAUUGGUGACUGCCUUUCCCAAAUCUUCUUUGGUGCUAUAGUAGUCGUAUUCCUACAGACCAUGUAUGCGCUCGUUUAUCUCCCUCACCGCCGAGGCGAGAAGAGGAAUUGGUUCCUCAUAGCAUACACUUUUGUCUCGUUCACCUUUGCCACGACGUUCAUUUCUGUGAACAUGAAAUGGUUACAACUCAUGUUCAUUGAUCAUCGUAACCAUGCCGGGGGCCCGAUUGGGUUCUCAAUGACCCAGUAUUCCCAGCCUGCUGUGGCCACCGCCAAUGUUGUUGGCGUUAUGUGCGGUUGGAUGGCAGAUGGAUAUCUCCUGUACCGUUGCUUGGUCAUUUUUCACUUCAGGUUAUAUGUGAUUACUCUGCCGAUUCUGAUUUACCUCGGAACGCUGGCUAUGGGAUCGUUGUUCCUCUUUCAAGCCUUGCGACCUGGCGCGAGUCUAUUCAGUCACCUCAGCGUGAACUUUGGCGUGCCAUAUUUCGCGAUGACGGCCGGUCUUAAUGUCCUGAUCUCGUUACUCAUCGCAGGGCGCUUGCUGAUGUAUCGUCGACAACUGAAUCGCCUUUUCGGACGUGAAUACGCCGCCGCCGCACCUUAUGUCUCUGCAGCAGCCUUGGUCGUCGAGAGCUCAUUCAUAUAUGCCAUCAAUUCCAUAUGUUUUGUCAUACCGUACGGCUUGGGGAGCCACGUAGCGAACAUAUUCUUACCACUACAGGCUUUAGCUCCAGUGCUAGCUCCCAUGCUCAUCAUGUUCCGUGUAGCACUCCAGCAAGCUUGGGAUACCAGUACUCUAUCAGCACCCGUGUCCAGUCUUCAGUUCAGAUCUAAGUCUGCUCCAACUUUUCAAGAAAAGCCUAUUUGGCGCGGUGAAGCUGACGGAAUUUAUCUUCCAAAAACGACUUCAGGCGAGAGCGACAGUAACGGAAGUGCACAAAGCAGUUCCAAGUCAUGA